CUUGAAGUUGGUCGUGGCCAGCUGGCGACCGUUGCUACCGCCUUUCCUAUACUUGAUAUUUGUAUGCAGCAUACAAACCGCAAGGUCUACGUACCACGGGCAAGCCACGGAGGUUUGAUCAGUUUGGCUUUACGCGACUCGACCUUUCAUCAACUACAACACCAACUGAACACCAUGCAAGUGCCACCGUCGCUCGCGUCGCUCAUCCGCGACAAGGACGUCCUCGUGCUCAACGCUGGCAAGCCCAACCUCAUGCAGCCGCUCCUCGACCCGGCGCGCAGUAUCCGCGUCGUCGACAGUCGCGGGCUCACGUGGCAUGCGGUCAAGCCGGCGCAGUUUGUGCGCGGCAACCCGCUCGCGGUCUCGCUCGACCAGCCCGUCGAUCUCGUGUGGAGCAACAUGGACUGGAGCAGCGCCGCGGACGACGACGUCUUGACAUUCCUCGAGUACGCUUCGAAGCUCGCUCUCCACGUCGUCCAUGCCUACGACCCCAGCGUCAAUGCGCCUGCGAUGGCCUUUCUGAGCCAGCAGCUCGGCGUCGCACCCUUUGUGCUGCACCCGACACUUGCAGUGUUCCUGCAAGGCGCGCCAUCGACCGACAGCAACGUCGUCGCAGUCUGGUCGGACCGCAAGAUGCCGCUCAUCUGGCGCGACUCGGUGUACGCCAACAAGUGCGCCAUCAUGGCCGAGCUCUACGAAGCGCAAAAGACGUACAUCCAAAGCCUCUUGCCGUCGCAUAGCUCGUACAUCGAGGUCGGCUGCGGCACAUCUGAAAUGGGCUCGGUGCUCUAUGACAAGCACGCGACGUACACGGUCGGCGUCGAGAUCAACCCGAUCAUGCUCGAGCUCGCACGCGAGAUGCACCCGGCGAUGGCUGCGCACCCGCGCAACUACCUUCUCGAAGGCAACGCGCUCGAGCUCAAGGCGCUACUGCAAGAGAAGAUGCCUGCCGACUUCUGGACGACCAAGCGCGUCGUCGCGAUCGUUAUGAACACGUUUGGUAUUCUGCCCGCGCACAUUCGCCAAGGCGUUGUCGACCAGAUGCUCGAGGUAGCGGGCGACGACGGCGUCGUCGUCAUUGGCUGCUGGCACGCCGACAGCUUCCGCCGCGGCGUCGAAGAGUACUACAUGAAGAACCCGGCGCUGGUCGGCGACCACGUUACGCACGCCAUGUGCGACUACGCCAAGGCGCAGCUCUACGUGCCGUCGUCCAAGUACGAGUCGCACUGGUGGUCCGAGGACGAGCUCCGAGGCUUUGUGCACCACGCGGUCGGUGUCAGCGUGGACGUCCACGUCGCCGGCAUUGGCAUCUUCCUCACCUGCCGCCGCCAGUAAGCGCUUUCUAUCUAUCCUAACACUUGCAAUGCAUAUCCUCUCGAGCACCAAAUUGUGAUUCGGGUGGCCGAGCCGGAGAGGUUAGUCGGUUGCAUAUUGGCGCGGUUAGCCGGCUGGUCUGUAAAAACCGGAUACGUCAACCGGCUAGUAAAACCGGUUAGACAGCACAACGAUCGAG